AUGCUCGCUCUCGACACUCGCUGGGCUUUUCUUGGCCUUUCUAGCAUUGCGAAAUUAUUCUACCGCGACCUCUGUCUUUCUCGCAGCGAUGAUGACCCUGUGAAUCAUUCUCUCGUGGCUGUUUCAACUACGGGCACGGUUCAAAGAGCAAAGCAAUGGCUCUUGGAAGAGGGAGUGCCAAAUGUGGAUGAAGUCCGGGUAUAUACCGAGUAUGAGGCUCUUCUUCACCAUAAUGGAUUCGAUAUAGUCUACAUCUCCACCCCUCACGGAGUGCAUUUUGAGCAUGCCCGUGCAGCAAUAAUGGCGCGGCGCCAUGUGCUUUUGGAAAAGCCAGCUACUAUGACAGCCAAUCAGUACGCCCGACUUGCAGAUCUCGCAAAGGAGCAAGGAGUUGUGUUCAUGGAGGCAAUGUGGACACGCUAUUUCCCGCUUACGGAGUAUUUAACACGGAACCUUCUGCCACGAAUCGGACCGGUCCGUCGAAUCCUAGCCGAUUAUUCCUUGCCAUUAUUUGGAGAUCCGGACUUGGAUCCGCAUUCUCGAUUCCUUGACAAAAGCACAGGAUCCGGAUCCUUGCUCGAUUUGGGUGUGUACCCCCUGACAUGGUGUGACCUAGCACUGGGGCCAACCGCCGCCGACGUGAAGGUGCAGUAUGCAGAAACCAUUGAGCAUGAAACCGGCGUGGGUGAGCCUAUCGACGACCUCACAACCCUGAUUCUCUCGCGGCGGGGCCCUGACCCAGUAACUUGUGUGGUAACUAUUUCGUCGUCGCUACCGGGGUCGCCCGUACUCCCAAUACAAGAGCGGCUGCUGCGGGCUAAAAACGCCCCCUGUAUCCGUAUCCAGGGCACAAGGGCAGAGGUCGCCUUACCAUUUCCCCCAAUACGACCAGAAAGUGUCAGCGUGCAGUACUAUUCGGCCGAUAAACUUGAUAGCCACGGAAGAGAAUCAGAAGAGUCUAUCACUCGUCCUGUAGUUGGUUGGGGUCUUGGUUAUCAAGCUGACUUCAUGGCACGACGAGUGCGAGAACAGACGGUUUCGGGAGCUCAUGAAGGCAUAGUGAUUGGUCACAAGGAGUCUCUUCGGGUACUUACCUGGGUAGACCAAGCUCGAUCAAUUGCAGGGAUUUCCUAUGACGCGGCGUUGGAGCGGAUUUGGUGA